UUUUCAAACAUAAUUUAUUUUUAUCAUCUUAAUAAAAAAAACGAAGAUGAAGCUCGUGAUUGUACAAUUCUCCAUAAUCUUUCUUCUCGUCACAUCUUCAUUGUUCGUGCUUUCAACCACUGAUUCGUCGUGUGGUGGGAAGUGCAACGUGAGAUGCUCAAAGGCAUCACAACAUGACUUGUGCAUCAAAGAUUGCAAUAUAUGUUGCCAGAAGUGUAAUGGUUGUGUGCCCUCUGGCACUUAUGGACACAGAGACGAAUGCCCUUGCUACCGAGAUAUCAAAAACUCCAAAGGCGGACCCAAGUGUCCCUGAACAUGUUUUUGAAGAUCAUCAUAAUAUACCUGAUAUAUAUAUAU